AUGGCAUCUCAACACCUCAUACUAAGUGGAGACAUCGCGUUGAAUCCUGGUCCUGAUAAAGUUGAAAACAAGAACGCAACAGCCGUAAAAAGAAAUAAGGCUCUCAAGUGCCCGUCCGGUGAAAAGGCUGUACAGAUUAAUCACAAACGAUUUUUGUGCGAAGUGUGUUAUGAUCAAUUUCACGCAAAAUGUACCGGUAUAUCUGCAUAUCAAAUAAAGACCAUCCGUGCAGAUAAACACCAUGUCUGGGUUUGCUCGAAGUGCACCAUUUCUCAACUUCCAUUUUAUAAAGUCUCCACCGAAGAAAUGAUAGAAGAUGACCUAAAUUUAAAUUUAACCCAGACCUCGGCAUCUCAGGACUCUUCGAACUUAGAGUGUAUAUUUCAAACCAAACCAUCGCAUCUAAAGAUCAUGCAUUUAAACACCCAAUCGAUGGUAUCCACUUUCAACGAGUUCCUACUCACUGUUAAUAGCUAUCCUUUAGAUAUAAUAGCUCUAAGUGAAACCUGGCUAAAAGAUAAUCCCCAGUUGAUGGAAUACGUCCCAUACCUGGAUAUGCUACUGAAUUCCGUCAUCGGGAGGAUAUCAAAGGCGGUGGUGUCGUUGUUUAUAUAAAAGAAGAUAUCAAGUAUAAGCGUCGCCUCGACAUUGAAAAACUCCAUCCAGAUCUCGAGCAUCUGUGGCUAGAGGUCCCCGGUAGGAAUAUUCACAGCAAAGCACUUGUCGGAGUUAUGUAUAGAUCUAUCCGCAUGCUUUCUACGGCAAAGUGGUUGGAAAGUCUAGAGUCCCUGCUUAGUCAACUAAAUGUCGCAUGGGAUGGAAUGCUUAUCCUAACUGGAGACAUGAACAUUGACAUGCUUCAAGCUGAAAAUAGUUUAACAAAACAAUACCAAUGCAUCUUGGAUGUUUUUGGUCUUCAUCAAGUUAUAGAAAAACCCACACGUGUUACGAAAUCCUCUAAAACAUUGAUAGACCAUCUUAUUACUAACUUCCCACAAAGGAUUGCUGACACUGGCAUUAUUCCCUGCUCAAUUGUCAGCGAUCAUGAUGGCAUUUACGCAAGUAUUAAUGUACGAGUCCCCAGGUUUGAAGCACGGCACAAAUAUAUACGGGAUAUUAUGUCUCUAAAUGAAAGUUUAUUUAUUGAGGAUUUCUCCACUUUACCUUUGUCUGUCAUAGCUUAUUCUGAUGACCCAGACGAACAACUAGAAUCCCUAAACUCCCUGUUCGUUGAGUGUUUAGAAAGGCAUGCACCCUUGAGAAGAGUCCGAGUGACGCGUCCCCCGGCUCCAUGGAUGAAGUCUGCCAAUAUCCAAACUCUUCAAAAAGAAAGAGAUCAUUUAAGACAUAAAGCUCAUAAAAGCGACGCUGAUAACGGUGUAUGGACCGCUUUUCGACUUGUUAGAAACAGCUUAAAGUCUGCAAUAAGAUCAGCACGGAAGGCAUUAAUCGAAAAAGCGAUGUCUUCUAACAAAUCACGCAAUAUAUGGAGAGUUAUCCACAGGAUUCUGAAGCCAAAUCCGAAGCCUCUUCGCGUAGACCUUGACGAACUAAAUACCCAUUUUUCCACCACGGCAGAGAGAACAUUCGAGGCCUCUGUUGUGUCUUUGAGUGACCUGACAUGCCUGACAGACAAUCUGCCUGAACAGAGUUCUAAUGGCGAUCAAUUUAAUCUGAAACCUGUCACCCAAGAGGAUGUCUUCAAAUGUAUACGUGCAUUACGCUCAGAUUGUUCCACUGGUGUUGAUAAUAUUCCAGCCAGAUUCGUUAAGUUGGUCGCUGAACAUCUUGCCUGUCCACUAACUAGCAUAAUAAACAAAUGCAUUAGCAACGCAUAUUUCCCAAAGCUGUGGAAAAUAGCCAGAGUCUCCCCAAUUCCUAAAGUAGAAAACCUAACAUCCAAUGACCAGCUACGGCCAAUCUCAAUACUCCCAGUGUUAUCAAAGUUGUUUGAGAAAUUGGUUGCUGGACAAAUGUCAGAAUUCGCAGAGAGAGCUGCGCUGCUACCUGAUCGCAUUUCAGGUUUCCGAAAGGGACAUUCGACAACAAGCGUCCUUUUGGGGAUACGAGACGAUAUCCGUCAUGCUAUGAAAAAAAGGGAAAUUACCUUGAUGUUCCUAGUAGACUUUAGCAAAGCAUUUGACACUAUUUGUUUUAAAAGCACCAUUUAA